GAUGAGGAGCUGGACUUGGCCAUGGAGCGGGUCAUCAGGUGUGUUGCGUUCCUCACCCUGGACUUCCUCAUGCCUGCUCUGAGGGUGUGCUUUCGGAUGGAACCCCGCUCCAAGCCAGUUUCUGCUGCUCCAUGGCGCCACCCAGUGCUGCCGGUGCAGCCCGCUCCUGGCAGUGAGAGGGCCCCUGAUGGAUCCCUGGCAAGAGGCGACUGGUGGCUGCAGAACACAGAGACCCUCCUACUAGCCAGCACACCAAAGCCUCACGUCCUAGUUGCCAAGAGACUGCGGAAAGACCAGCAAGCACGCAACAAAGUGGACAAAUUUGUGACGGCUAGGGCGCUGGCUAUAGCAUCAUUGCUCUUGGAGUUGGCUCCUGGGUAUAACACCUGGGACAGGAGCCUGUACGCCAGUUCUCAGGACUUUUGCAAGUCCCUGAGAACAAACAGUCAUCAGCCUCCAAGAAGGGAAGCAUACCUGGACCUGAUUGAGGGCACAGCAGGCCUGCUGAUUGACAUGAGGCAAUUUCAGAGGAAGUCCAGCAUAGACGGGAUGGAUUAUGAAUUUGCUGACUUCAGGACGCUGAUCAUGGAGCAUUUCAUUCUAGAGUCCUCCAGAUGCUUAUUGGAGAGACUCAUGAAUGCUCCGAGCCACCAACAACUGCAGUUCAGCUCCAGAGUGUGGCCAGAAAUGGAAGAGGUGCCAAUCCUUACACAGGGGUUUGGGCCAGACAGAGAGUUGGUGAUGAAGCUACUCAGUAAGGCCACCUCUGAGAAUGUGGCCACGUUUCUUGGUGAGGCGGUGGAGAGGAUAAACAGACAGAGAGGUGGCCUCAUCACAUGUGAAGUCCUCAGCUGGGGAGGCUAAGCGGCGGAAAAGGGGUUUCACACUCCGCUGGAAAUCUAAAAGAUCUGUUGCUCCUGCUCCAGCACCAGUGGAGGAGAGACCUGUUACCAAAGAGAGGACCAGGAGGCCAUCACUGCGGUCUCGCUUCGUCUCUGCCUUCUCUGGGCUCUUCUCUUGCUGUAAAGGUCAGGAGUGAAAUCUGUCCAUGUUUCGCUUGGGGCAGAAAAUCUUCAAGGCCCUAGAAGUCAACUGCA